AUGUCUUCUCGAUCGGCUGUGCAUAUUCCAGCUACCCCAGCUGUCCUGGAUAGCGUCCGUCUUCGUGACAUUGAACUUCCACUCCCUGCCGCCCCGGACCCAUGGCAUCGUCCUGGCAAGCCGCAGCCCUGCACAGCAAGCCUGAAGCUCUCCUACUCAUCAGCUAUCGCCGCUGCUGAAAAGGAUGAUGUGUCCCUCUCUAUCGACUAUGGCAAGCUGUUCCGUCGUCUGGAGACGGAUGCUCGCGAGAUGGCCCAUCACACCAGCUCUCCCGAGCAUCCGCAUCAUCGCAUGGUCAGUGUGGAAGGCACACGGCGAGAGGAGAUGAAAGCGAGUGAGGUCGGACAGGAUCCCCGGGUGACCGCUGGCAUUGUAGCAAAUUGUGGCUUGAGUCUCCUCGAUGAAACUGCUGCUGGAGUGCGCCGUAUGUCGCACCUCCGCCAGAGCCCUCGCAACAGCUUCUCGGGUGCCCAAGUGCCGGCCCUGCCACCUGCAGAUGCAGCCCCGAUCACCGCAGAGUAUGGUCGGUGUGAAGUGUGGUUGCAUCUACCAAAGGCAUUGCUUCGUGCUGAAGAGGGGCUCAAGUACCGGAGUGUCACAGUCUGGGGCUAUACCGACGAUGCUGGCGAGGGGGCUCUCGAGUCGGAAUCACGGUGCCCUGUCGUGCUGGAAGAAGAGUUCCGCAUUGAGGGUAUCCGGUGCUAUUGUAUCCUCGGUGUCAACUCCCACGAGCGAGUUGAGAAGCAGGCGGUCAUCAUUUCUCUGGGCUUUGAGGGACCAGGGCAACUAGCGUGGGGCUCGACCAUAGUCGACACCUACGUUGCUCUCACACGAGCCGUUGCAGAGAAAGUUGAUGAGACCACCUUCCAAACGGUCGAAGCACUUGCAACUUUUGUGGCCCGCAUCGUCACUGUGGACUUUGGCAAUGAGCGGGUUACCGUGCGGGUUGAGAAGCCCAGUGCCUUAGCUUUUGUUCAGCGUUCAGGGGUGGAAAUCACUCGCACCCAAGCAUUCUUUCAAAGCCACGAUGUGGCGCACAGGUGA